AUGACAUUAUUACGUAUUCUUUGUUUACAUGGUUAUCGACAAAAUGGAAAUAUGUUUCGAGAAAAAACAGGUUCUUUAAGGAAAGUAUUAAAAAAACAUGUGGCAGAAUUUGUUUAUAUUGAUGCACCGCAUAUCUUACCGGUGCAAGAUAAUAUCAUUGAAGAUGAUACAAAUGCAUCAGCAUCAAAUCGUACAAACGAAAGAGGUUGGUGGUUUUCUGCUGCUGAUCUAACUUAUGAUCCAUUAGCAACGACGUCAUGUGAUCGAGGUUUUGACGAAUCAUUAGAAUAUGUAAUUAAAUAUAUCAAUGAACAAGAAGUACCAUUUGAUGGUUUACUAGCAUUUUCUCAAGGUGCUGCAUUUGCAGUAUUACUUCUUGCUCGUUUAUCAACAAUGAAAUAUCCUUUUCGAUUUGUUAUCUUAGUUGCUAGCUUUCGAAGUGGUCAAGAACAACAUCAAUCAAUGUAUAAUAAUCUUCAAAUUGAUUUACCUAAUUUACAUGUGAUUGGAAUUAAUGAUCGUGUUAUUCCGUGUCUUAUGUCAGAAACUUUAGCGAAUGAAUGUUUUAAAAAUGCUGAAAUUUUACGACAUGAUGGCGGACAUUUUGUUCCCACAUCAUCAGAAGCUAAAUCAUCUUAUAUACAAUUUCUUGAUCGAUUUUUAUGA